CGUCGUUGGCUAGCGCUGAGAGUGGUGGUGCUAUCGCUUCUUGCCAAAUUACUGUAAAUACUCUCACGGAAUUAUCGCCUUAUUUAACCUAAAGAUUCUAAAUCGAUUAGUGUCAUUUUCGUGUGCACGUGUGAUAUCAAUACGUCAGUAAACUGAGUGAGACAAUAAAUAGUGACCUGUGGCCCUCUCGCUCCCGCACCGCAUCUAUCGGUCUUGACAGCGGGGUUACCUCACACCUCACCGCCAGGUCACAGGACAGCAAUAUAUUUUUUUGCUCCCUCACACCUCUGGACUCAAAGGCUGCGCACCAGCACAAUGGCGUUACAACACACACCACCAAACAAGUUCUCCGCCUCGGACACCAAUAUACCUACAUCGAUUGAUAACGAACAAUGCGAAGAGGUUGACUGGAUUAGUGCCCGCAGACGUAAACAACCUUCUAAUGUCAACAUAACUCAUCUUGAGGAAAGAUUCAAUGAUCAACUUGCAAUUUGGGACACCAAAAUAACUGAAUGCAUCGGGUCUGCGGUGAGUUCUGCCUUGUCCACCGAGAUGAAUAAAAUCUCAUCUGUACUCGGAGAAUUGAAUAAUAACAUGACUAAACUCAAUGCCGACAAUGUAAACAUAACCAAAUCAAUAAACGAAACUAAUUCUCGGCUAGCUGAUUUGGAGAAAUCUCUGAGUUACUCACAUGAGCGCCAGGACGUAUUUGACGGCCGACUAAAAUCAGUAGAAGACAAAUUAUCCGUCUCUGAGCACCUGGAGACACAGAUGAACGCACUUGAACAGAAGCUCACAGCCAUGGAACAAAAUGCCAGGCAGUGCAAUCUUGAAAUCUGCAACAUACCCGAGCGACGAGGUGAAAACCUCAUUAGCAUCGCAGAAAGUCUAGGCGGUGUCAUUGCGUGCCCUAUAAGGGCCUCGGACAUUGUUUCUAUUCAUCGUGUACCGCACGCCGACUCAAAAAUCAAACGACCGAAGAAUGUGAUUGUCAAACUGACUAACAGAAUGCUACGCGAUAAUGUCAUCUCAGCGUGCCGGUCAACCAAGGGUUUGGACUCAUCGAAGCUGUCUAUAAGCGGGCCUCCGGCUACAAUCUAUGUGAACGAGCAUUUGACAAUCAACAACAAGCUGCUAUUUCGCCAGUGCAGGGAAAAUGCUAGAAAACAAGCAUACAAAUACGUGUGGGUCAAGCACGGUACUAUCCUGGUACGAAAGUCGGACUCCUCCCCGGUUAUUGCCAUACGUACUUUGGCUGACAUUUCAAAAAUUAAGUGAUAAGUGUUAUCAUAAUGGUUGGUUAUCUUUUUUUCUAAUAAGUAAGACAUUUGAAAAAUCAAAUGCUAUGUAUUGUUAUAGUAACUCUUUCGCAAUUUUCCUAAAAAGUAAGACAUUUUAUAAUUUAAGUGAUAAGUAUUAUUUUAGUGACUGGUUUUCAAUUCUCUUAACAAGUAAAAGUCUAUUAAGUUAUCGAGUAUACCUAAUAACAUCUACUAUUUUAACUUGGUACAAACAUAAUAAUUGUUUACAAAAUUAUAGUGUAACUAAUCAGAAUAAUAGGCAUAUAGUAAUAGGUUUACUUUCUUCAUGUUGUGACAUAGGUGUGGCAUCAGCUGUGAUGCCUGAUGAUGUGAGUCUUAGGUUUUAUUUGGUGUGGAUUUUCUGUCGGAUUGACGGUUUGACGUGCUCCUGGAAGCACAAAGUAAUUUUGUCUGUCGAGCAACAAGUGUCACUUGGUAUGUAUAGUUAUAACAUCACAAGGGCUAUUAAAUCAUUAAAACAAUUUAUUAGUCAGCUAUUACUACUACCAUAUAGUGCAAUAUUUUUUUAUAACGCCUAUGAGUUACAUUCUCUAUGGGCACACUCAAAAAUGAUUUUAAUUUUAUCUGUACUUGUUGUAGAAUUAAAUAAACCACAAUGCUUACUAUUUAACUUUAUUACAAAACAUGUGCUAUAUUAUUUUUGUAAUACACAAUACAGUGUAAAUAAAAUCAUUUUAAAUUAUUCGCCUCUUAUAGAUGAAUAGACACGCAUUAUCAGUUUUUUACCAAAACUGCCGAGGCAUAAGGACGAAAUUGCACACGCUUUAUAACAAUGUAUUAUCUCAUAACUAUGACAUCAUUGUUUUAACAGAGACCUGGUUGCAUGAGGAUAUUUCCGAUGAGGAAUUUAUGGACAAGCGUUAUAGAGUAUUUCGACAUGACAGAGACC